ACAUGUGUUAAACAGAACAAGGAAAUAUGCGUGCUGAAGAAGCCGCCAGUCAUCUUCUUGCUCACAGUUUACACUUUACUCUGCUCCCUCUCUCUCUCUCUUUCUCUGUACUUUCCUUUUGGCAGGGAGUAAGGAAGGAAAGGAGCCAUUUUUCCAAAGGUUCAAGGGAGCCCUUUUCAAAAGAGAGGAGGAAUUUGCAUCUUUGCGUGGAAGUUAUGAAGAAAAAUGAGGAUCUUCAGCCUUUUUGCAGACUAAUGGUUAGAUCUACACGUUUUGGAAGAACAGAAACUUAAAAGAAAGGCACCAAUUGAAUUUGGGGAUUCAUUUUAGCUUUAUUCCUCCAAAGAACCCAGGUUCUUUGGAGUCAACUUAAGGAGAAAUGCUUCCAAUAAUGAUGCUCUUUCGGAUCCCUUUUUGGUCCUGAUUUCUGCAUAGAUCAGCUGGUGGCAGAUGAAGUUGAUGUUUCGCUGCUUCUGAAUCAUACUAUUUUUGUUCAAAUCUGCUAGUUCACUCGGUUUCUUGGUUUCCUUCGCAAAAAAGUGUUUUUUGAGUUGACGAGCUAGGAAACCCCAAAAAAUGAGAUCUCUGGGCCUUGUUUCAGUUGCCAUUUUCUCCUUCAUCCUGAUCACUUCUGGAGAAGCCAAAAUCAACCCUGUUCUGAUAGCCUGUGGCCGGAAUUCGAGCGUCACCAUCGCUGGGAAAACAUGGAUUUCGGACUCGUCGAUGCAGAAUUUUACAGUAAGCUCCCAAGGUAUUGCCGCUUCGACGCUUGCUCUUAGCGAGAAUUCAAGUUAUUUUGAUCUGUACAGGACUGCUAGGAUUUUCACUGUUCCUGCAAAUUACACCAUUAAUGUUGUCGCUGGAAGUUAUUUCCUUAGACUUCAUUUUUCCCCCUUCACAUUUCUGAACUUCAGUGCGAACGAGUCGUCUUUUGAAGUUACGUCAAACAAUGUCAAGUUGGUUUCUAGAUUUAGUCCUUCUGGGGAACUCAACAGAAGGAAUUCAUACUUGCAGAAUGAGGGUAAGAGUUCAAACGUCACUUAUUUGGUUAAGGAGUACGUUUUGACUGUGGAAUCUUCCGAACUCUCUGUGGCUUUCGUUCCUGCAAGUGGGUCUUUUGUAUUUGUAAAUGCAAUCGAGGUCAUUUCAGUCAUGACCGACCUCUUUAACCAGUCUGCUACUGAAGUAGCCAGUGGAACCACAAAGAACAGUUUAUCGGAAUUGAAUGGUUUCAAUCUAGAAACCAUGUAUAGGUUGAACGUGGGAGGGCCUGAGAUUACACCAUCACAAGACGCUGAUCUUAUGAGAGAUUGGAAAACAGAUUCAGACUACAUGUUUUUGGCCAAUGCUGCCUCUCCGGUGUUCAACUCUUCAAAUAUUAGCUACUCGAAUCCAAAUAAUUCAUUCAUAGCACCAUUACUGGUCUAUGAAUCAGCAAGAACAAUGUCCAACAAUGAAGUUGCACUGAAGAGGUUCAACAUGUCAUGGAAAUUCCUGGUGGACACAGACUUUGAUUACUUGAUCAGAUUGCACUUCUGUGAAUUUAACUACAAUAUGUCACGGCAGAGGAUCUUCAGAAUAUAUAUAAACAACAGAACUGCCUCUAACAAUUUUGAUGUGAUUGCUCGAGCUGGCGGAGAUAACAAGGCUUACCAUGAAGACUAUCUUGAUUCAUUGUCAUCACAGACAAACACGAUUUGGGUCCAGCUUGGUCCUGAAACAGCAGCUGGGGCUUUGGUUACUGAUGCAAUUCUUAAUGGCCUUGAAAUCUUCAAGUUAAGCCGAAAUGGGAAUCUGGCAAGGCCAAUUGAGAAGAGUGGUGCAACUGCUGGAGACUCGGAAAACAAGAGUUCAAAAAGCAAAAUACUCUGGGCAGCCACUGGAUCAGGAAUUGCAGCCAUCACCAUUUUAUCAGCAUUCUCUUCAAUGUUUUUCUGUGUCUAUUACCGAAGAAAAGCAGACCCAGUCAAGGACCCAUCUCCUAAUUGGCGGCCUCUUGUUCAUUAUAAUCCUAUUAGUAGCAUUAUGGAUGUGAAACAACCAAGGACUCUAGCAAAUCCAAAUGGAUCGAAUAGCUUAUCAAGGCUGGGGAAGAGGUUCUCAAUCUUGGAGAUCAGAACAGCAACUCAGAAUUUUGAUGAGUCACUUGUGAUUGGAGUUGGUGGUUUCGGCAAGGUUUAUAAGGGAAAGAUCGAUAGUGGAGCUCCUGUUGCUAUAAAGAGAGCUAAUUCACACUCUGAACAGGGCCUGAAUGAGUUCGAAACAGAGAUUGAUAUGUUAUCCAAGCUCAGGCAUAGGCACCUUGUUGCAAUAAUUGGAUUUUGUGACGAACAUGAUGAGAUGAUUUUGGUUUAUGAAUACAUGGCAAAUGGAACUCUGAGAAAUCAUUUAUUUGGAGGUGACCUUCCUGCAUUAUCAUGGAAACAAAGAAUUGAUAUUUGUAUAGGAGCUGCUCGUGGACUUCAUUACCUUCAUACUGGUUUAGAGAGGAGUAUAAUUCAUAGGGAUGUUAAGACAACGAAUAUACUCCUGGAUGAGAACUUUGAAGCAAAGGUUGCAGAUUUUGGGCUUUCAAAAACAGGACCUUCGUUGGAGCAUACACAUGUUAGCACAGCUGUUAAAGGUAGUUUUGGUUAUCUUGAUCCUGAGUAUUAUCGGCGGCAACAGUUGACUGAGAAAUCAGAUGUGUAUUCAUUUGGUGUUGUACUAUUUGAGGUUGUUUGUGCAAGGCCAGUUAUAAAUCCAACUUUGCCAAAAGAACAGAUCAAUCUUGCUGAAUGGGCAAUCCAUUGCCAGCGGCAAGGGCUUCUCGAACAGAUUGUUGACCCUCGGUUAAAAGGGAAGUUCAGGCCAGAAUCCUUAAAGAAGUAUGCUGAAAUUGCUGAGAAAUGCCUAGCUGAUGAAGGGAAGAAGAGGCCCACAAUGGGUGAGGUUUUAUGCAGUUUGGAGAACGUUUUGCUACUGGAGCGAUUGGCUGAAGUGGAUGUGGACCCAACAAUCCCUGCUGAAGCUCACGGCAAGGUAGAUGAAGCAGAAAAUGAAGACUAGAAUCUAUAUGUAGGGUAUCUUUUUCCUUUUCAGUUCCUUUUGUCGGUGUCUUUUUUUACGCCAAUAGUUCCUAACUGGAAAAUAUACAUAGGUCGACCAUGUCUGGUGGUGAUAUCUAAAGAGCUCUAUUGCUCAAAGAUGGGAUAACAUGUAUUGUCUAAUUCAUUUUGGUUGAAUACCACUGUUAUUCAUUGUUUUGUGUAUUACUAGUUUCCGAAAUUCAAAGUAACAUCUGUUCCA